AUGUCAUUAACAUGGUUCAUUCGAUUUCCUACUGAGAUUAUAUAUGAAAUUUUCGAUUAUUUAUCUUCUAAUGAUAUUCUUUAUACAUUUUUUUAUUAUAAUAAACGAUUAAAUAAUCUUAUAAUUCAUGAUCAACACCAUAUAAAUUAUUUCGAAUUACCCUCAUCUAAUUCCAAAUUCUGGCAAACUAUUUUAUUUACUAUCGAAUCAAAAAUACAAACAUUAAUAAUUUCAACUUUACCAUCAUCUAUAUCAUUAAAUAAUUUUUCAAAUUUAUCAUCAAUUAUAAUAAACUCAUCAUUUGCUUUAACUUUUGCACAAUUCGAAUCCAUAUUAAACAAUAAACAAUUUCAUAAAUUAAUUUCUUUUAAAAUUUUAAAUCAACAUUCUAUCAAUACAAAUUUUUUACUAACAAAAAUUUUUAAUAAACAAAAUUCAUUAAAAAUAUUUCAAUGUACGUCUACAAUGAAUUUCUAUUAUCGAAAUAAUCCUAUUGGUUUACAAUCAAAUAUUCACCUAAAUUCUUUAAUAUUAAAUUUAAAUAAUUUAAAAUAUAUUUAUAAUUAUAUUCAAUAUACACCGAAUUUAAAAUAUAUAAAUAUUCAAUUAAAAGAAUUUUCUUAUCCGGAUAAACAAUAUAAUUUUUAUAAAUUUAAAUUACAAAAAUUUCCUGUUAAUAAUAUAUUAUGGAAUGGUGCUAAACUUAAAAAAGAUUUAUUACAAACAAUUAAACAAUUAAAAUAUUUUCAUUUAAAUGUUAAAUUGUCAAUUGAUGGUUCAUAUGAAAUUUUAUCAACAUUUCAAAAUCAAUUCUGGUUUGAUCAUCAAUGGUAUUUUGAAAUAAAUCGUUUUUAUCUCUAUUCAUUACCAUAUCAAUUUAAUGAAUAUUAUGAAUAUGAUCAUAUGAAAUUCUCUAAUAAUAUUAUUCUUGAAAAUAAAUUAUAUUUAUGGCCUAAUGUUAAAAUAAUUCAUUUCGAAAGAUUUGAUAAAAUUGAUUUAAUUGGUUUUAUAAAAACGCAAAUGCCUAAUUUACAAAUAAUAAAAAUAAAUAAAUCGUGUCGAGAUAAUUUCAAUAUGAUGAUAGAAAACUCUUCAAAAUGUUCUCGGGAUAAAAGAAUUGAUCAUUGUAUUAAUACCGUAACAACUCUUGAUAUAAACUGUAGAAAAAUGGAAAAUGAAAUCGAAUAUUUAAUAAAUAUAUUACCAAAUUUAAAAUAUUUAAUAUUAAAUGAUUCUCAUUUACCAUCAAUGACAAGCAAUUUAAUUCCAAUAUUAAAUAAAAAAAUCGAACGGUUAGAUAUUACAUGUUCUUAUACCUUGGAAAAUUUAUUUACAAAUAUUUAUAUGUAUUUUUCCAGCGUUAAAUAUGUACAAUUUACAUUUGAUUUUACAUUGAAUACUUUUUCAAGAUCAGAAAUAAUUCGGAAUUGUUUAACUAAUCUUCCGAAUUUAAUAAGUUUAACAAUAUAUCCUUUAGCACCAAAAUAUCAUUCUCAUGAUUAUGAAUCAAUUUUUAAACCUAUUUUAGCAAAAUUAGAUAAAAAAUAUAUUCAAAAUAAUUAUGAAUUAAAAUAUCUGGAUGAUUCUUUAUCGUUUCUCAAAAAAAUCUCUUCAAAUAAUGAUAACAAUCAAUCAACGACAUCAUCAUUUUCUCUGCCUUUAUUUAUAUUACUCUGCUUUAUAUUCAUCAUUAUUCUAUAUAACUUUAUAUUAUCACAAAGACUGCUUGACAAAGCUAUUGAUAAAUUAUUCUAUUAA